AUGGCUGCUGCUGAUACCGACGUUCUCAUUAUUGGCGCUGGCAUGUCUGGCAUUGGAUUCGCCAUCCAACUGCAAAAAAAGUAUAAACAUGCCAGUUUCGAGAUCUACGAGAAAGGCACUGAAGUUGGAGGAACCUGGGCCGUGAACACAUAUCCCGGCUGUGGAGUUGAUGUCCCAUCCCACUUCUACUCAUACUCCUUUGGCCUGAACCCGCAUUGGACGCGCAAGUUCACUAUGCAGCCUGAGAUUCUGGCCUACUUCAAAGACGUCUCUCGCCAGCACGACAUCGACCCCCACAUACGUCUCCAGCACAGCGUCACCAAAGCCGAGUGGCAGUCCGAGUCCAGCACCUGGCUCGUUACGAUCCUCAACCACCGUACAAACAAAGUCACUCAGCGACGAGCCAACAUCCUCAUCUCAGCUGUCGGUGCCCUCAGCAUCCCGAAGAAAUGUGAGGUUCCUGGUCACGAGAACUUUGAGGGCAACAUCUUCCACUCUGCCACGUGGGACCAUAGCUUCGACCACGCCGGUAAGAAUGUCGUGGUGCUUGGGAACGGUUGCAGCGCCACGCAGUUCGUGCCCGUCAUUGCGCAGACUGCCAAGAGCGUCACCCAGUUUGCGCGACAACCGCACUGGUUGCUCGAGCGUCCCAAUCCAGAAUAUUCGACCCUGUUCCGCUUCAUAAUGCGCUGGGUACCUGGUGCCAUGAUGUUACUCCGCACCAUCAUCUACGCCCAGCUCGAGGCCGAGUGGCUCAUGUUCAAUACUGCAACGGGCAAAGAUGCGCGUCAGAAGUUGAGUGAUGCGUCUAGAAAGUACAUCAAAGAGAAUGCACCGGCCGAGUAUGUCGAUGCGUUGGUUCCCAAGUUCGAAGUUGGUUGCAAACGUCGCGUGUUUGACACGGGAUACCUCGAGGCGCUGCAUAGGCCUAACCUCCAUCUCAUCUCGGACGACCCUGUUGAGAGCAUCGGGCGACAUAGCGUCCUUCUUCGCUCGGGCAAGGAGCUUCCAGCUGACGCCAUUGUGCUGGCCACUGGGUUUGAGACGACAAAGCUGCUCGCUCCGAUGGAGAUUAUCGGUCUAGAAGGAAAAUCCGUUGAAGAUCAUUGGAACAACCAUAACGAUGGACUCCCCCAAGCCUACUACGGUACUUGCAUCGCCGGAUUCCCAAACAUGUUCAUCAUGAUGGGGCCCAACACACUCACCGGUCAUCUGUCAGUUACAUGGUCGACCGAGUGCCAGAUAAACUUUACUCUCCGCGUCAUCGAUUCCGUUCUUCGUUCUCUGCACCCGCCAAAAAUAUCCCUUUGGCCCUCGCAAAGAGUGGAGGCUGUACAAGUCAAACAGCAGGCCGAAGACGAAGAGAACUCAUGGAUUCAGUCCAAGUGCAAGAGCUUAGUCUGGUCAUCGGGCUGCAGCAACUGGUAUGUCGAGCCAAAGACAGGAAAGAAUCUGUUGAUCUAUCCUGAAUGGCAGUGGCACUUUUGGCUCAGAAGUAUCUUCAUUCGUUGGGGAGACUUUCGGUUUGUUUCUGACCUCAAGAGCGGCGGUGGGAUUUCCCGCUUGUGGGCAUUGCUACCGGCGUUUGCUGGUCUUUCAUUAGUUGUGGACAAGGGUGCGAUGUCGUCUGUAUGGCGUUUGUUAAAUGACAAGCUGGCGUGA